GCCAGAUUAUCAAACCCAUCCAGAUCCGAACAAAGCAUAAACAGUAUACUUUACAAAACCCUAAUAUAACACAUCAACAUAUAUUGCCGCACACUUACAUUCCCUCUAGCCCUUCAUCACAACCCCUCAUUGCAUUCUCUUCAACAAUUCAAAGAGAUGGGUGAAACACCAGUUCCAGAGUCAGUCUUGAAGAAGCAGAAGAGGAGUGAGGAAUGGGCUCUUGCAAAGAAGCAAGAACUUGAAUCUGCAAAGAAGAAGAAUGCUGAGAACAGGAAAUUGAUCUACAACAGGGCAAAGCUGUACGCAAAGGAGUACGCAGAGCAGGACAAGGAGUUGAUUCGUUUGAAACGCGAGGCUAGAUUGAAGGGUGGUUUCUAUGUGGACCCUGAGGCAAAGUUGCUGUUUAUCAUUAGGAUACGCGGGAUCAAUGCUAUGCCCCCACAGACCAAAAAGAUUUUGCAGCUAUUACGUUUGCGACAGAUCUUUAACGGUGUCUUUUUGAAAGUCAACAAAGCCACAGUGAACAUGCUUCAUAGGGUUGAACCUUACGUUACCUAUGGUUACCCAAACCUAAAAAGUGUUAGGGAAUUGAUCUACAAGAGAGGUUACGGGAAACUCGACAAGCAGAGAAUUGCUUUAACCGACAAUUCUGUCAUUGAGCAGGGAUUGGGCAAACAUGGAAUUAUCUGUGCUGAAGACCUUGUCCACGAGAUCAUGACUGUAGGACCUCACUUCAAGGAGGCCAACAACUUCCUAUGGCCAUUCCAGUUGAAGGCACCUUUGGGUGGACUCAAGAAGAAGAGGAAUCACUAUGUUGAAGGUGGUGAUGCCGGUAACCGCGAGAACUUCAUUAAUGAGCUCAUCAGGAGGAUGAACUAAAGAGCCUGAAAUUUUGUGUUUUUAGGCAUUUAAGUGAACCAACCGUUUCAGAUUUCUGCUAUUUGAGCUGCCAUUUUGAAUUAUGAUAGUAUACGACAUUCAUUUUUGUUUUGACCAUCUUAUUGUGUUGGAUCUUGAAUUUAUGUUCAUCUCGUUUAAAGGCUGUCUUUUUUUAUGUCCUUCAA